AAACCGCACCCAUUUAAAAUGUACCCCUCUACUUUAGUUGUUAUUAUCCUUGUUAGCUCCUUUCUUGUAGUUGAGACUGAUGCUAUAUCUUUUGGAGACUUAAAAAGGAAGAUAGAUCAAGGAGUAGGCUUUGCUAAUGAGCUGCUCGGAGAAAGUGGCGAAAUACCAAGAGGUACUGGUGGCUGUGUUGUUAAAUGGAAUAUACAGGGCACAUUACGUGGAUUGAAGUGGAAGUGGGUAUGUACAUGUCGUGAUACAUGUACAGGAAUUGUUGAAGUUCAAACUAAAUACAGUCGUGAUGGCUCACUGGAGCACUGUCUUACUCAUUUGUUCCAGAGACUUGGAAAGGAACUCUAAUUUCUGUUAUACCAAUUUACUCCUUAUUCAUUUAUCUACUUGAUUUUGUUUCCAAAUAGUUAGUUGCUCUUUGUAGUUAGUUAUAGUUAGCUCGAAUUUUGUUUAACCUUUUAAAAGAUACAUUUUUAGAGUGGAUUAGAAAGAGA